UUAAAUUGUUCUAUGGUCAGAUGUCAGGUUAAGUUAUUGUUGCCGAUUGAAAACGUUUUGCACGAAAAUGCAUAAACUAGUGUUUUCUGAGCGAUAAUGUAAAUACAAUAUCGUGCAUUAUUUAUUACUCUCAGAAAGAAAGGAACACAAUACCACAGUUCGAUUUUGGUUACAAUCUGAGAAAUAUUCAUUAUGGAGUCCCUUGAAGAUACCAAAGUUAUGAAGGAAAAAAUUAUCAAGACAGCUCAAGUUCUUGGAAUGUAUAUGGACAUCAGAAAUAAACAUGCUGAAUUGAAAAAGAAGCAUAACCAAUUGAACGAUGAAUUCUCUAUAUUAAAACUUGAAAACAAUAUGAAAUCAUUUCAAUAUGUGGAACAAUCGAAACAAGUAGAACACCUGAAAAUUGGGCACGAUAAGUUGACUAGCGAAUAUAACUCCUUGAAAUCCUCUUACGAUAAGCAAUUGAGUGACUUAGUGAGUCUACAAAUGAAAUAUCAGGUAGUUUGUAGAGACUUGAAAGAUCAUCAAAAUUCUGAAGAGAUUUAUCCAGUCGAACCUGAAAGAAAAAAGAAAGUGACCAAGAGACAGAAGUUGGUAAAAAAAUAUGAUGAUACAAGUGCUGAAGAUACUCCCGAUGAAAAACCUUUCAAAAGUAGCAGAGUUUUGAAUAACUCAAUCAACAAUGAAAUGAACAUAAAAAUUGAAAUUCUGGGAAAUGAGGAAAAUGUAAAAUAUCAAUCUUUGAAUAAUUCCCAAAUUAUUACAAAGACUGAAAAUUUCAAAUCCUCUGAUGAGUCUGAUCAAGAUUAUUUGCUAGAGCUGAAAAAGUGUAGAGAGGAGAAAUCUAUUCUCAUCAAAAAUUCGGAAGAAAGAGAAAUGAAUAUGCAUGCAGAAUGGCAAGAAAAGGAAAGAAAAUUGAAAGGUAAAAUUGAAGAAUUACAACUUCAUAUCGAAAAGGAGAAAAACAUUUUGCUUGAAAAUUUCAAGGUGAAGGAAAGUGAAAUGAAGAAAAAAUGGGAAGAAAAGGAGCAAAAACUCAAAACCAAAAUAGCAGAUUUGAAAAAAAAAAUCGGGGAAGAAAAAUCCGCACUCACCAGAAGUUUCGAGGAGAAGAUUUCAGGUAUGAAAAAAGAAUGGCAGGAAAAAGAACAAAUUUUCAAGUUAGAUUUAGAACUUAUGAAACAUAAAAAUCAGGAAGAAAUAUCGAUUUUGAAGGGGAAUUUCGAGAAAAAAGAGGCUAAUAUGAGGUUGGAAUGGCAGAAGAAUGAGAAUGAUUUGAAAAUUGAGAUUUCGAAUUUGAAGGAAAAACUCGAUUUCCUGGAACGAAGUGAAAAAUGCCAGAAAAACGUCACAAAUAUGACAGUUCAAAAUAGUCAGGAUAAAAAUAAUUCAAUGACUCCCUUGGUUUCUAUAUUUGAUGAUCAAUGUAUGGAUUAUAGCGAACAGAAAAAUACCUCCAGUGUUGAAGAACUGAAACAGGAUCCAAUUAAAACUUCAUGUUCGGAAGAUUCUGAGAAUGAUGAGAAUAUUUUGAAUAUAUUCCAAGAAAUGAGAAUGGUUAUGCUAUCCCCCAUUCCAGAAUCUCCAUUGCAACAAGAUCUUUUGCUUUCUGAAGAUGACGAUGAAACUCCUAUCCCAGAAACAGCUGAAUUAAGUAACAAAAACGAUUUAAAACUUGAUUUAUCAGAAGAACCCAAAGUAUCUGAUUGGAAAGACAGAUAUUUAGCAAACAGAAUAAAGAAAGAGAUUAAAUAUCACAGGUUAUCGACUAUCAAAAAGGCGAAACAGAAAUUUUGGCUAGAACUCAGCCAAACAUUCACCAAAAAUAAAAAAAGAGCUCAAAGUGCAAGGCAGACGAAAAAAGCCCCUAUAAGAAACAGCAGCACAUCAACGGAAAUAUCAGAAGCAACGGGCGGUUCCAAUACUAUAGUUAACGGUAUUGCAUCAGUUUUUGCUGAUCUCGUAACUCAAAAAAUGCAUAAUUCGAGGACCCGGGCUAGAGCCACAAGCGAGAGGAAUGUUCUUGAAGUUAACAAAAUGCUGUUGGAGAAGGCGAAGCAAGAGAACGAAACGAAAAAUCUGUAUAAAAACGAAAAACGAUAUUCUUCCGACGAUGAAGCGGUGUUAAGGCAGAAUAAAAGUGGGAUGGAUUAUGAGAAACAUGUUGAGAGUAAUAUUGGUGACGUUUCUUACGAGAGGCCCCAUGCGAAACAUUCUUCCGGUAUGGAGACGCCAAGUUUUGUCGAUUCUUGCUAUGAAAGUAUCAUAUCCAACUCGCCGAGUGUUCAAUCUUUAAUUGAGGAAACUAUGGUGGAAGAUAAGAAAGAGAAUAAACAACCGACAGACCUCAAUCAGGCAGAUAACGCGGGAAUGGACAGCAGUUUAGUUAACUUCACGAAGUCGACAGAAACUGCCGCUUCAACAUAUAGUUUGACGAAUCACUCAAAAACCGGGAAAGAAUUGCAAUUGGAGGAAACAACAGUUACAGAACAUUGUAAUGAUAACACGAGUGAAACUACUGCUACUGGGAAUUAUGAAAUUUGCUCUGCUGAUGUUGAAAUCAAUGUAAUCAAAGUUGUUUCUGAUGAUAACGUUGAAAUCGCAGAUAAUAAAAUGACAGAUGACUCUCCUGACCUUACAAGAAAUCCUUCUGUUCCUCAAGAGAGUUCAUUGAAAUUGCAAACCCCCACCAAAUUGCUAUUGGAUGAAGCAACAGUUUCAGAACAUUGUAAUUAUCACAUGAGUGAAACUACGACUACUAGGAAUAAUGAAACUUGCACUGCUUAUGUUGGGAAUGAUGCACCCAAAUAUAUUUCUGAAGAUAGGGCGGAAAUUGCAAAUUACAAAAUGACAGAUACUGGUCACAUGAGUGAAACUACUAUUACUAGGAUUUAUGAAAUUUGCACAGCCGAUGUUGAAAAUGUGGUACCCGAUGAUGACGCUGAAAAUGCAGAUGAUAAAAUGACAGAUGAUUCUCCUGACCUCACAAGAAAUUCAUCUUUUUCUCAAGGAACUUCAUUAGAAUUGCAAACUCCAACCAAAUUGGAGUUGGAUGAAACGAUAGUUACAGAACAUUAUAAUUAUCACAUGGGUGAAACUACGACUAUUAGGAAUGAUGAAACUUUCACUGCUGAUGUCGAAAAUGAUAUACCCAAAGAUAUUCCUGAAGAUAGCGAGGAAAUUACAGAUAAUAAAAUGACGGAUGCUGGUCAUAUGAGUGAAACUUCUUCUACUAGGAAUUAUGAAAAUUGCACUGGUGGUGAUGGAAAUGAUGUAACAAAAAAAAAUUCCGAAGAGAGCUUUGAAACUGCAGAUAAUGAAAUGAAAGAUGAUUCUCCUGACCUUACAAGAAAUUCGUCUAUUCCCCAAGAGAGUUCAUUGGAAUUGCAUUUGGACGAAAAAAUAGCUACAGGGCAUUGUGACGGACAUCUGAGUGAAACUGCUAUUACUAGAAAUUAUGAAACUUGCAUUGCUGAUGAUGAUGUACCCAAAGAUUCUUCUCAUGAUAGCAAUCAUGAAUUUCCAUUGGAUGAAACAACAGGAACAGAACAUUAUGAUGGUUACAUGAGUGAAACUUCAUCUACUACGAAUUAUGAAGCUUGCACUGCUGAUGUUGAAAAUGAUAUACCCGAAGAUUUUUCUGAUGAUAGCUUUGAAAUUGAGGAUAAUGAAAUGACAGAUGCUACGCCCGAACUUAAAAGAAAUUCUGUUUCCCUAGAGAGAUCAUUGACAUUCCAGAUCCCCACCAGAUUACAAUUGGAUGAAACAACAAAUAUAGAAUAUUGUGAUGAUCACAUGAGUGAAACUACUACAACUACAAAUUAUGAAACUUUCACUUCUGAUAUUAAAGAAGCCAAAGAUUUUUCUGAUGAUAGCUUUGAAAUUGCAGAUAAUAAAAUGACGGAAGAUUCUACUGACCUCACAAGGAAUUCAUCUGUUCCUCAAGAGAGUUCAUUGAAAUUGCCAACCCUCACAGUUACAGAAAAUUGUGACGGUCGCAUUGGUGAAACUACCACUUCUAUGAAUUAUGAAAUUAUCACUACUGAUGUUGAAAAUGAUGUAACCAAAGAUUUUUCCGAUGAUAGCUUCGAAAUUGCAGAUAAUAAAGUGACAGAAGAUUCCCCUGUCCUUAAAAGAAAUUCAUCUGUUGCUCAAGAAGAGAGUUCAUCGAAAUUACCAACUCCCACCAAAGGUACAAAGAGGAAACGACCUCAGAAAGGAACACUCAUGGCUAAAUCAAUAAAGAUUUAUAACCUCAGAAGUUCUGUUACUAAGGGAAAUCAAAUGAGGGAAAUAGAAGCGUCUGGUCCAAGCAACACUGAGACAAAUAAUUCGGCAGUAACCAAUCAGGAAAAAUUGAAAAAAAGUCCUGGAGCUACCAGAGCUAAACGAAGAAGACUGUCUUCUCCUUUGAAAAGUGCAGAAAUCGGUAACAGGAGUUCUCAGAUGCCACCGGAAACUUUGAACAACUCUAUUUCACUUAGUGUCAACAACAAAAUAGAACUAUCUCCUUCAAAAAGAAAAAAGUCAAUUACAGUAGAACCUCCAUUAAAACAGAAGCCUGUGAAGUUGAAAAAAGGACCGAUUUGUACAGCUGAGGCAGAACCUACAAUUUCGAGUGUUCAGCAAAGUCAAAAAUUAGAGAGGCCUUCAACUUCUUCAAAUCCCAAUAAUGAAUCGAAUAGAUAUUCGCAAGAAGGAAAAAAAAUGUUGGCCUCUAGUCUAGAUCGAUCAAAAAUCAAUAUAAUUCAAGAUAUACUUCUGAAACCAAAAAAUAAAUCUACGGGAAACACCGAAAGAAAAACGAGUGGAUUCAAGAGGCCACUGGCUACAAAAAUUUUACCGCUUUGUCCUCAGUCUCCGCCAUUGGUAGAAGGGGAAGUCACAAACUAUGUAGAACCAGUAAUCAUACCUUUGGACAAGCCUAAAGUAUUAGAAUCAAGUAAAGCUGCAGCACUCUUCAGAAAACUGAUAACUUAUUCCACCGAGGAGAAAACAGUUGAGGAGGUAGCAAGGCAUUUCAGUAACCAAGAACCGGCAUAUAUUUCUAGAUUAAUCCUUCAACAAAUUAUUCAGGACAAGGAAAAACCAGAUGCGAAAGUUCCUCGAGCUCCAUUGAUGACUCAUACGCAACGAGUUAUGUUUGGGCUUAUGCUGAGGCUGGAGAAAAUGAACGUUUCUGGCCUUAUUAAUACCUACCUUGAGACCUCUGAACUGUACCUGAUCAACACAAAAGUGCUCGCGCAAAUCGAACCUUUAACAAGGUUAAAUGUUGCCAUCUGUAAAUCGCAUGGAUACAUCGAGAGGAUGCGUAAAUUUUGUUUAGAAGCUUUCUACUUUAUGGGUGACUUGGCCAUACCAUUCUUCUUCACGGUGUUAACUUCUUGGAUUGAAGUGCUGCCACCUGCUGCAGAAUCGGAAGGUUUUCCCUUGGUGAAGGUUUUGGUACAAUUGGUUCAUUUGAAAACUUGCAAUAGGCCUGGUUAUAAUCUGCUACCACUUAGGGAUCUCUUGCACAAAUUUUAUGAAUAUCCCAAUGAACCUUGGAACUCGGAAACUUUCUUCAAAGAGCUAUUCAACAAUUAUUUGAAGAAUCCUGUUGCACCUGCAGAUUUCCCAAUUUUGCUCUACUUCAAAAACAAUGACUGUAAAUGGGUCUUCCAAAAAAUAAAUAGUCUUAUAAAACCCAUUCUGUCAAAUGUGAAUGUUAAUUUCAAAGCAACAUUGAUUGUUCUCAUCGGUAACAUAAUGAGUCAGUUUCCGAAGAGAUCAAAUUUGGAAUAUAUAGAGUCUGCCAGAGAAUGGUUGGAGAGUAUCGAUCAAGAACAAGAUGUACCAGAAGUUGUAAAGAAAAGUAUAUCGUAUGCAUUGAUGAAACUUCCAAGAACUGGUAAAAGAAAAAUUACUCAAAGUCAAGAGAAACAACAUGUACAAAAUGUAGAUAAGCCAAAUAUGUAAAUAUGUAUAUUUUUAUUUUCUUGUUUUUAUAAAAGAAUAAAUUUUUUUUAUGGAU